AUGGCCCAUUCACCAUUCGCUAGAGAGCUUCAAGUGGCUUGUCUCGCUGUCCAGCGAGCCAGUAUAGUCACCAAGACUAUGCUGGCCGAGGCCGACAAGGGAUCUACCGACAAAGCGGACGCGUCUCCAGUAACCAUAGCCGAUUUUGCGUCACAAGCCAUUCUAAUUAGCGCAAUCCGCCACAACUUUCCCAGCGACAAAUUCGUCGGGGAGGAAUCAGCAUCAGCCCUGCGGAAUGAUCCCGCACUAGCCGACCGAGUGUGGCAGCUGGUAUCCACAACUCAAUUGCAUGAUACCGAGAGCGAAGAGAUCGUCGCAGCCCCAUCGUCGCUUGAGGAGAUGCUAAGCAUCAUUGACUUGGGUGGCAAUGGGGAAGGAGCCCGUCAUACGCGUACCUGGAUCAUGGAUCCCAUUGACGGGACGGCUUCGUUCAUUCAGGGCCGUCAGUAUGCUGUUUCCGUGGCGCUCAUCGAGAACGGCGAGCAGAAAGUCGGCGUGGUCGGUUAUCCCAACCUGCACUUCCACAGCACCGAAGUCCACGAAGACACGGUCGAUCGGAAUGGGUACGGGAUUAUGCUGUCGGCAGUCCGGGGCCAUGGAGCGUACAAGCGUCCGAUGAGCAAGGAGCGCCUGCAGCCCGCCGUGAAGGUGUACAACGUCCUGGCACGGACCGAUACCGGCCAGCCCGAUCUGGUAUUUGCAGAGAGCAUAGAGAGCCCCUACAUCGAUCAGCGGCUACACCAGGUUGUUCGCGAGAGACUGGGUGUCACCAAACCAAUUACUGAUCUCUGGUCCAUGCAAGCCAAGUAUGCGGCCCUCGUGGUGGGCGGGUGCAACGUGAUGGUCCGUAUCCCCCGAAGCCCCGAGUAUCGUGCCUAUGCGUGGGAUCAUGCCGGCGGCAUGCUGGUGUUUGAAGAAUCGGGCGGCAUGAUCACCGAUCUGGAUGGUCAGCCUUUCAACUAUGGGCGAGGCCGGACGCUGGCAGAUAAUGUAGGUCUAGUUGCCGCAUUCCCAGAGUUUCACUCGAGGGUGCUGGAACUUGCGCAGGAAAUCAGGGAAAGGCAUAAAGAGGGAAUGAAAGACAACACGCAUUAA